AUGAGCGGUAACAGCAGCGAGCGGCGAGACACCCGGAUCAGAGACCAGCAGCAGCAGCAGCAGCAGCAGCCAGCAGCAGCAGCAGCAGCAGCAGCAGAAUUCGCGUUGCUGCAACGCAACUAUGAACGGCUCAAGGAUCUGCUAGAAGCGGAUGCUGCUGCUGCUGCACACUCGUCUCAUUGCCGCUGGCAGCAGCAGCAGCGGCAGCAGCAGCAGCAGCAGCAGCAGCAACAGUACCGCUAUCACGGCACUGCGUACAGAGAGCAGUGGUGGUAUCAGGAGCAGCAGCACCAGCGGUGGCGCUGGCGGCAGUGGGAGCAGCAGCAGCAGCAGCAGCAGCAGCAUUGGAGGCACCAGCAGGCCAACAACUGGAGGCGCUGGGAGGAGGAGUACUGGCGACAGCAGCAGCAGCGACAGCAGCAGCAGCAGCAGCAGCAACAGCAGCGACAAGGGUUAGGUAUAUCCUUUGCAUCUGCUGCUCGGGGGCUGGGGAUCGCCUUUGGUUUGUCUGUUGCAUUCGGGCUCACAGCCCCAUCCAGAAGCAAAAGGAGCAGCAGCAGCAGCAGCAGCAGCAGCAGAGAUGCGCUGCAGCAGCAGCUGUUGCUGCAGCGGGAGCUGCAGCAGCAGGAGCUGCAGCAGCAGCAACGCAUGCGAAAGCAAAGGAUGCUCAGCGAGUCCAGGCGGCAGCAGCUCCAGAGACACAUGAAGCUGCCUGUGGACGAUCCGCUUAACUCUGCUGCACGCAGCAGCAGCAGCAGCAAGAGCCGCAGCAGCAGCAGCAGCAGCAGCAGCAGCAAGCACUUGCAUCAUGGGGACGCAGGGGACUUGGGGAGCAGCCUUGCUGCUGAAGUUGCUGCUGCUGCAGUUGCUGCAGAACUCCUCGAAGAUCCGUGCUGCAGCGCUGCUGGUAGCAGCAACAGCAGCAGCAGCAACAGCAGCAGCAGCAGCAGCAGCAGCAACUACAAUGCACCACGGGACCCGAGGGCCUGGCGGGAUCAAUUGCAGCAACAGCAGCAGCAACAGCAGCAGCAGCAGCAGCAGCAGCUUCGACGGCUUAGCACCAGCAGAAGCAGCAGGGCUCGGUAG